AUGACUAUGGUGUGUUAUGUCAACAUGUGGUAUUCCAAGCUUAGAUCAGAGAUAGAAAGAUUACGAGCGUCAGGUCUGUCAGGGAAUGAAGAUGUUACCGCAGCAUGUAUGGUGGAGAUCAGUACGCUAAAAGACAAGUUGAAACAGAAAGAGCAAGAAAUGGAGGAAAUCACAAAAUCAUGGCAGGAACGACUGCGACUCUCCGAGGAACGGAAACAGGAAGAGGCUAAACAAUUAGAGAAAGCUGGGGUAACUUUAAAAGUGGACAAUCGACUUCCAAACCUUGUGAACCUGAACGAAGAUCCCCAGUUGUCCGAGAUGCUGUUGUAUAAUAUAAAGGAGGGAAUGACGAAGGUUGGCAGAAUGGGACAUAACUCUAAACAUGACAUACAACUCAGUGGAGCACUCAUAGCCGACAAUCACUGUGUAAUCAGCAACAUGGAGACAGUGGUUACAAUAACACCUAUAGGUGAUGCUCCGACAUACGUGAACGGAAACCUGAUUUCCGAACCCACCACACUGCAUCAUGGUGACAGAGUUAUCCUAGGUGGAGACCAUUACUUUAGGUUUAAUCAUCCGAUGGAAGUCCAACAGAACAAAAAGAAUAAAUCCUCAUCUCAAACCCAGGAGAUAAAAGACUUUGAAUUCGCACAAGCCGAGUUAAUGAGGGUCCAGGAAGCUAGGUUACAAGAAGCUCGACAAAUGGCGCAGGAAGAAAUGUUGGAGGAAGUUGAGAAGGCCAAGAAAGAUGCUGUGAAAGAUGCAGAGUCAAAAUUAGCCGAUCUGGAAAAACUUCUGAGAGAGGAGAGUGCAGAGAAAGUAAAGGAACAUGAGGAUGUGAUACAUAAACUGAAGAAACAAAAAAUGAUGUUAGAGCAAGAGGUUCUAGCUGGGAGAAAAAGGCAGCAACUUGAGGCAGAAGCAGCAAUGAAGGCAUCAAAUCAGCUUGUCUCAGAGCGGUCAAGGAUUGUAGAACUUCUUCAAGCCCAGAAAGAGAAGGAGGCACAGAAGUUAGAAGAUCUGAAACAAAGAUGGAAGGAAUACUCAAGAGGAAAAGAUUAUACACAAAUUAAAAGUCCUACAGCAAGCGUUGUCGAAGUUUCAACAGGAAAGACAGAUUUAUACAAGAUAGCAUUGCAAGUGAGAGAAGCCAACAAAAUUUGCCAAUACUUGAAGAAAAAUACAGUGUUUACUAGGGAAGAUUUUCUUGACGGGGAGGAAGUGAAGACAGUCAUAAAAGUGAACAAUACCAAACUGAAUGUGUGUACACACUGGUCACUGAGCAAGUUUGAAGAGAAACUCAUGCAAAUGAGAGAUAUAUACCAGAAUGACUCGGAGAGUACUGAUGAAGAUGAGGUGUUCAACGACCCGGAAGAUCAGUGGGGUAAAGACUCCAUCAGUAUGUCCCCUGUCUCUCCAAAGAAUGGUCACCGUCGUUCUGUACCGUCACCAAGUUUGAGGCAAGCCUUACUGUCGAGUGUAUCCAGUAUCAACAGUAGUAUGUUCAGAAAAGAUUCUUUAAGUAAGGGGGAUAACUGUGCCAGAUGUUCUGCACCAGGAGUUGCUUCUCUUUGUAAAGAUAUUAUGAAUGUAACAUUGAGUACCAUUAAAUCAUCUACAAUGGAAGAGAGUGUCGCAGAUAAGAUACUUCACAGUUGUCACAGUCUCAGUGCCAGUCUCCGCCAAGUGGCCAACCUUCCUGUUGCCAUAGAAACGAACAACAAUCAGGCGAGUCGUACAGACCUGCUACAGUUAACGUGUGUACAAAUAACCAACAGUUUCCACAUGUUGUUGAACAAUACAACUCUGUGGGCGUCAAUGUAUCAGACCCUGCAAUCAGCUCUCAUACAGGAUCUGCUACAGAGAAUAGUGGACCAGGUCAAAAAUAUGGGUAGCCAUAUUGUCAGGUUUUUGCAGGGAUGUGAAGGAGAUAUUGACAGUUUGAUGGAGGAGUCCACGUCACGAUUGGCAGAUGGCGUACACCAAGUUUGUAAACUAUCAGGAGAGCUUGCCCUUGCUACUGACACCCAGAUGCUGUAUUUUGACGACACCUCAAGUCAGACUGAUGAAGAUAACGCAGUGACUACAGAAGUUAGCCAAUCGUUCUUCAGUGGAUGUGAAACAUUUAUCGACAAGACGUUGCAAGGUGCUCUAAGAACUGUGGAUGACUUUGAAACAAAAGCUCAGAUAUUAACAGAUGCUGGGUUAUCCAAUAUGGCAUUGGGAGACGUUCCACAGAAUGUUGAGAUAUGUGUGACCUCGUGCAAAGAUCUAUUACUGAAAUGCCAAAAACUACAGGUUGAAGUGGACACCAGUAAUUUAGAGAAAUCUUUCCAUGGUUCAGUACAGUACUGUACGGGUAACUAUCGUCGAUGUGAGGCCUUGAUAUCACACGUGAGUUCUCUCGUAGAAGGCAUUGGUUUGCUGGUACAAAAUGCUGAACCGAUUGUUGAAGGUAGAGACUCUGACAUCAGAAAGAUAGUUAAAUGUGCAGAAAUGGUUCGGAAAUAUUCAGAAAAUGUAACGGAAGUAACUACACGUGAUUUGACGAAAACUCCUGCUACAAAGGGAGACAACUCCAAUGAGGAACAGUCACCAUCGUUGUCGGAUACUGUUAUAGAGCAGUUACAUUUUGCAUCGGAGGAUAUACAGCAAUCAAUUAACACGCUAGUUGAUAGCGUGCAGAAAGUGAUUGAACUUGAACGAGCCUCAGGAUUGUCGACGCCCCGCAGUAAACGACUGUUGCCAUCCCCUGGAAGUGUUCCCGUUAGAAAUAUAUCAAAGACGAAGGUCGAUGAAGGAUGACUGGAAGCAGUUUACUGAUAAGCCAUAUUAUUUACUUUAAGGUGCUAUUUAUUAACAUUGCUUCAUAUAUGCAUGGAUGUGUAGAGCGCGUUUCUUAACUUACAGUAUGAUGCUCAGACUUGCUUGUCACUAAACAUGGUACGCAUAGAACUUGAAUUUCAUAUGAGUCCUUGAAAAGUCCCUGAAUUUAAGAAUAACAUGAAGACUCUGAAAAUACCUUGAUUUUCAGAAAUAAAUGGACAUAGUAGUCUAUUAUGGGGUUUAACACAACCUUGAAAUUCAUAUUCGAUCCUUGAAUGAAAAAAAAGUCCCUGAAAAGUUGUUGAAAAUUCCUUGAAUUUUAGAGGUCAGGGAACAGGCUUGUCACAAAAGAAAAUGAUAUAUACAUUGAACAGAUAUAAAAUGAUUACCUCAAGCUUUGCCAGUUUAGUCUAUUUUCACUCAUUGAAGUACAAAUGUAUAGUCUGUUUUGGAUUCUGUGUAUAAGAUGUACAUAGUUUGUAUUAUAGAAAAAUAUAAUUUAUAAUCUUGAGCUUCCCACUGCCCUUCACUUUGUUAUAGGUCAGAAGGUUUUUGAUUGGUUGGUUUAAGAUAAGCAGGCACUUGAUUGGUUUAUUUUAGAUAAGCAGACAUUUGAUUGGCUUGUUUAAGGUAGUUCUGCAUGUUUGGAUCAGAUUUUUUUAAACUCUGAUUUUUCAAACUUCUGAUUAUACCUAGAAAAAUUCAGCAAAUAAAAAGGAUAGGGUCGUGUGCUUGAUUUUUUGCUACACUGAUUUCAAAAUUUGGGCCUCACACAGUUUUCAUUAUGGGAGUCUGUGGAAAAUCAUUACUUCCAAAACAUUUUCGUGAAUAGAUUUUUUUGUACAAUGUAGAUUUUGAUGAAACUGCUCACAUAAAUAAACAUAUGGCAAAUAAUGUGGUAGAAUAAAAUGUACAGGUCUGUGUGCUGAUUUUUGAGAUAUUUGACCAUGAUUAAAGUGAACCGAAUAUUUCGAGCUAAUAUUAGGACAUUAUUUUGAAUUAUUUAACGUGACAUGUGUUUAAAUAUCAUAUUUCAAUUUUAGAAAUAUAUUAACGGUGCCCAGGUUUUUAUUAAUUCAUAAAAUGAUUUUCAUUUCCAUACUCCGAAUUCAAGCUUUAUUCUAUGUUUUCUGGAUAAAUUACGUUAUGCCAUCAUUUCCGGUUUAUCAAAUGAGCAGAACUACCUUAAGAAUACCAUGUUUUUGAUUGGUUUGUUUAAGCAUUUUAAGCAUGCUUUUGAUUAGUUUUACCAAAGAAUACAGGUUUUUGAUUUGUUGAUUUACUUAUUAGUUUUGAUUGGUCAGUAAAAUUAAAAGUAUGGUUUUUGAUAGCUCUAUUAAGAUUAAAGAAAAAUUGCUAAAAUUAGUUUGAAUUGAGCAUGCUUCAAAGGGAUGGUAGUUUCACUAAAGACUUCAGCAGUUACUUCAUAUGAAAAGUUGAAAUAAUGAUCUGCUUUCCUCUGAUAUUGAAUUUCAUGUUUAUAUUUACAGUUGUGAAUCAGGUUUUCAUGCAGAAAGAUAAUCACCACAUCAAACUUUAAUUAUUAUUUUACCCAGGCAAAUUCUCUUGAUGAAUAAUCGUUUAUUCUUAAAGUGGCAUUAUGCGCAUUUAGUGUGUUUUUGAUGAAUGUUUUAUAAAAGCAUUUUCAGUUGCUGUGCAUUUAAAUUAAAGAUAAUGCCGCAUAAGUAUUUGAAGUUGAUGCUUUAGAAAUAAAGAAACCGGACUAAUGAAAUAAUAGUUCUUUUCUUCAAUCUUCUACGCAGUGAUCUCCCUUACCUGUAGGUAGAGAUUUCUGAAGUUGAAGGGAAGCAACUCCUGCAUGCAGUUUGACUUUUCUUAAAAAGACUGCCCCAGUCAAAAUAAGAAAAGUCAUAUUUGGAAAGUUAGUAUUUUGACUAGUAACAAGAAGAGUUUGGUAUAUUGGGUUAAAAGUUAUAAUAAUUUCCUCCUUUUUACACACAUAUCUAUUUCAGCUGGAUUUUUACUUGAAAAAAUGCGCAUAAUUCCACUUUAAUGAAAAUUGAUUAAAAGACUUCUGCAUAUCAUGAUUAUUUACAUGUAUGAUAAAUUAUUUGCAAAAAAAACACUGCUGCCGGCGGCUUGUAAAUGUGCUAGCGUCAAUUUAAAAAAAGUGCAAUUGUACUUAUAGUUUAAUGUAGAUAGCUAUGUACACAUGUAGUUUUGAAUAUUCAAGAUUCAAGACAAGUGAGUUGUUGUCUUAAGAUAUAAAUUUCAAACACUACGUACAAUCAGAUUCUAUUCACUCAAACUAAGAUAUUUGGAACAACACUUUUUGCUCGAACUCAUCGUAGGGUCCUAACAGAAUCUCUGAAUGAGUCGCGCCACGAGAAAACCAACAUAGUGGAUUUGCGACCAGCAUGGAUCCAGACCAGCCUGCACAUUUGUGCAGUCUGGUCAGGAUCUGUUCGCUAACCGUUUCUCUAAUUGCAAUAGUUUUUGAAAGCGAACAGCAUGGACUUGAAAAGACUGCACUGAUGUGCAGGCUGGUCUGGAUCCAUGCCGGUCGCAAAGCCAUUAUGUUGGUUUUCUCAUGGUGCGGCUCAAAUAAUUAAGAAAUAAUUAAUAGCAAAACCUUGUUUUAACACUAUGUAUACACUCCGGUGGUAAUUAUAUCAUAUUAAAUAUGUCAUACAAAUAAUUUCACCUUGGCUGCACCCAAGUGAGAUUAGCAUGUCCAAUAUAUUACCGUCAGAGUGUAUACAUAGUGUAAAACCACGGUUUUGCUAUUAAUUAUUUCGAUUCUAAUAUUCCCUAAAUCUAAAACAGUACCGGUAGAUAGAAUCUAGAUGCACUCUUUCUUUGCUGCAACAAAAACUUUGUAGUCACCGCAUGUUAAGAUGACAUCAUUCUAGUUUAAGAGUGUUUUAACAGAGACAAGCAUAUUAGAAUGUACAAUUUUCAAUGAACUAUAGAUAACACAAACAAAAGUGGCGGUUUCUGUUGAGUUGAAGUGAACAAAAUUUGACUUAUAUCUGCGUGUAUAUCUGAAAUUCAUUAGAUUUCUGAUUCCAUUAUGCAAAACCUUAAAUGAGCCAUGCCAUGGGAAAACCAACAUAGUGGCUUUGUGACCAGCAUGGAUCCAGACCAUCCUGCGCAUCCGCGCAGUCUGGUCAGGAUCCAUGCUGUUCACUUUCGUUGUCUAUUGGAAUUAGAGAAGUCGUUAGCGAACAGCAUGGAUCCUGACCAGACUGCGCGGAUGCGCAGGCUGGUCUGGAUCUAUGCUGGUCGCAAAGCCACUAUGUUGGUUUUCCCAUGGCACGGCUCAAAUGCUUUUUGAAAUAUAUCAGUAAAAAAAAUCCUACAGCUGCAGUACUUAAGUGUUCAAACAACUAAGCACUGUAUAAUCAGUCAAAGACUUUUGACAGAUAAGAUCAGAUAAGUUUUAUUGAAUUCAGAAAGGCAUAUAGCAAGAUGCGCCACAAAAUAACUGUAUUCUUUGUAUUUCCAUGAUGGCAAUUAUACAUGAUUUGCAUCACCUCUGAAUGAGCAUUUUAUUAAGGUAGGACAAUAGUUAUUUUAAGUUGGCAAGACAAGUAGCAGUACAAGAUUAGCUCUGAAUGAAAAUUUAAAGCAACUAUAAUUUGUUUGAUAGUUUGAUGUAACCCUAAGAUGUUUGUGUAUUUAAAACUCUAAAAAGAAUCCUUGCAUGUUUUGUAUAUUCCUUGUUUAAAAUAUGUAAUAUGUGUUAUGUUAAUGUAAUGGUAGUGUUCAAAAAAUCAGAAAAAAAGUAUGAAAGGAAGGUGUUUACUCUAGCUGUGAUGUUAGGAAUAAACAGGAUUCCCUUGAGACGAAUUAUCAAGAAGGCAGUGAAGUAUGUGCCAAUGAACUUGAUCUAAAUGAUAAAGUAAGUUAAAAAAUACCCUGACUGUCCUAGUCUCUUCCACUGAUGUGUACAUACAUAUACAUAUCAGAAAUAUGCUGAUUGGCAAAACGGAAAACUUAUCUAUUCAGAGGUUGAUAAAAGAAAGAUUAAUUAGAAUGCCUUUAAGUUUUUACUUAUUUUAAAUUAUGUAUUCUGAUCUGAUACAGUCACAUAAAGUAAGAUAACUUGACCAUUAACAGGAUCUUCAGUGAAACAAGUUUUGAGUUAUCUGAUCUUUUUGGGAUGAAACAGCUUGGAAAUUGCCAAAUGAGUCACGCCAUGAGAAAACCAACAUAGUGGCUUUGCGACCAGCAUGGAUCCAGCCCAGCCUGCGCAUUUGCGCAGUCUGGUCAGGAUUCAUGCUGUUCGCUAAAGGUUUCUCUAAUUGCAGUAGGCUUUGAAAGCGAACAGCAUGACCAGGCUGGUCUGGAUCCCUGCUGGUCACAAAGCCACUAUGUUGGUUUUCUCAUGGCGCGGCUCAUAUAUAAUUAUGGGUCCACUACCUUAAAGGAAAACUAUUUCUAGCUUUGACUACUAUCAUAUCUUAAGAUUUGUUGUUUUUGUUAUGUACAGACGUAGUGCAAUAAGUUCUCUUGUAUGCCUUUUGUAUUUAUGAAUCCAUUUAUGCUAUUAAAAUGAAAUGAAACUUAA